AGCGGCCCGUCCCCGCGCUCCCCGCGUGGCUCGCGAGGUUACUUUAUGGAAUGGGCCCUUAUAGAAUAAGACAAGAAAUUGAGUGUUUCCAGGAAAACAAAUUACGUGGUCUUUGAAUUCAGAACUGAAGAGAAAUGCAGCCAUCUGAAAUGGUCAUGAACCCCAAACAAGUCUUCCUCUCUGUGCUGAUAUUUGGAGUAGCAGGGCUACUCUUCUUCAUGUACCUGCAAGUCUGGAUUGAAGAACAACAUACAGGAUGGGGGCCAGUAAAUUACUUGAGACCUGUACCCAGAAUCAUGACUACUGAAAAAAUCCAGGAACAUAUCACCUACCAGAACCCCAAGUUUUACAUGCCUGAGGAUCUGAAGGGAAAAAAAGAAAACCUACUCAACUCUGGGAGGUUUACUACAGUUUUAACAAAGAUGAGGCACUUACAAAGAGGGGAUGCAGCUUUGAGUAAGACCACAGGGUCUCCAACAAGCAAGUUGAUUGAAAAACAUCAAGGAGAGAGGACUCUUUUCAAGAAGUUCAGCAAAAUGAAUUGGCCAUUGGACAUUCGCCCUUUAAACAACUCCACUCUUAAGAAAUAUGUCUCCUUGAUACUAUUUUAA